AUGGCUCCUAAUCAAAUCAAACGUACCGCCAAUGUCUGCGUGUGCCGCGAGAGUGAAGCUCCUGACUCUCAGCAUGCAAAAUCAAACAGAGGGUCACUGCUGGUUUCUGGUGUUCUCCUGGCUGCUGCUCUCAUUGUUAUUUACCGUCUCUUGUUUGAAAUCAUGAGAACAAAGGAGAACCUCAAAAACCUGGAAGAUCACAGAAUGAAGUGUGAAAAUAAUCUGACAGAGACGCUCUCUAAAGUAAAAGCAUGCAGCACUGUGCAGCCCACCUGUCCCACACCUGGAGAAAAAAAUGAAUCCUGUUAUACAUGUAAAGCAGGCUGGGAGCAUCAUGGAGGAAAGUGCUAUCAUUUCUCCAUCAGUAAAUCCUCCUGGAGCCAGAGCAGAGCUGAAUGUAGAGCUAAAGGAGGAGACCUGGUUAAGAUAGACAGCAGGGAGGAGCAGAGGUUCCUGGAUGGAAGAGUGAGAAACUUAAUGAAUGAAGCUGAGGACAAGUUCUGGAUCGGACUGACAGACUCAGCAGCAGAGGGCAGAUGGAUGUGGGUGGACAACACACCACUGACUGAAAGUUUGAAGUUUUGGAGCAACAAAGAGCCAGAUAACUGGAAUGGAACAAAAGGGGAACAUCCUGAUGGAGAGGACUGUGCAAGGAUGGGAGAAAAAGGUGGAGCUAAAGAUCUGAAUUUGUGGUUUGAUGCAGUCUGCUCAAAUCCUCACAAAAGUAUUUGUGAGAAAGCAGAAGUAACUGGACAUCUUAAAUGUUUCUUGAAUCCAUUUCAGCCUGUUGAAAACUGA